UAAAAUGAAAUGUGAAAUCGUAUCGUAAUUAGAGGUUAUGUAGUUUUUAAGUUUUAUUUUUUUUUCUAUAACUACAAAAAUUACGUAAUAAUGGAUUGGAAUGAAAUUUUAUCAGAUGUAGAAGACAUUAAUGAUCCUACUCUUUAUGAAAAAGUACUUAUUGCACUUGAUGAUAUUUACUGUGAAGAUGAAGACUUUAUGCAGUUGUUAAUAAGUAAACUCGAUACUAUGCAUGUGACAUGGGACCAGCCAUGGUAUCAAACUUCCCUUUGUCUUACACGAUGCACAGUUACAAACUAUGAAGAUAAUGAAAAGCUAGAGAAAUUUCGAACAACACAUUUUACAAACCAAGAAUGUGAACAAAUAAAAGAGAACUGGGCUAAUUUUAUUACGGAAUAUGAUGUACCUGACAUGUUGCAAUCAUUUGCACGAUGGAAAAAUAGAGAUUGUAAGAACCCUUCCUCUCCACAUGAACAAGUUAGAAGAUUUGUAACUGCUUAUUUAGCCCAAGGCCUUGAAAGAAAUAUGCAUCAAGUUUAUCAGUAUGUUGUUAAACACUUUGGUACUCCUGUUAAAGGAAAUUAUUCUGAUGUUGAGAAAAAGUUGUUUAAUAUUUGUUUUUAUUUUAAUGAAAAGGAUGCUGUUAAAAAUCUAUCACUACUUCUUGGAAGGAAUCCAAGGGGUAUUUACAAACAACUUCAUCAAGUGCAUGAGGGUAAACCAGAGAGGAAAAAGUUAAAAUGGACCUUACCCUUGGCUACAAAAUUUUUAAACUUACUCAUGGAACACUCACAAUGCUCUCUAGAAGAAUUGAAAUAUAAAAAGUUUGAUAAGUCAGUUUGGCUUAAACUGGAGAGUGAUAUGGACCAGCAAUACCAGUAUUUACAAAAAUCCUGGUAUAAUGCAUUACAUGUACAAAUUUUUGUAAAACAAGAUGUGAAAAUCAACAGGCUAAGAAAAAAGAUCAUUCGCAUAUUGAGAGAUAGCCCUUAUGAAGUAUGGAGGGAUAUUUGUUGGAAAGAUUUAACUGAGCAUUUUCCAGAUGGUUUUACUCAUACAUUUCUGUAUAAAAAUUUCACAUGUCUUUUGGUUGGAAAAACUGAUUAUUUGAAACAACCAUUGCCGAAAGUCCUAGAUUAUAUUUUACAUAAAAUAAAUACUAGGAGAAAAAAUAAAAGGUUAAGAACUUUAACAUAUGAAAAUGGUAAUCUUGAAUUGAUCAGUUAUAAGAAGAAUACCAAAAACCAAAGCAAAGAAGAAUGAUCAAAUUAUGGUUUUAUUUCGUUAUUUUUUAACUAUUCUAAGAUUCUGCAAAUACGAGUUGUUCAUUUGUAACACUAGUGCUCAUUUCAAAUAAGUUCGAAAAUAGUAUAGUAAUUGACAAACUCAAUAAUUGUGAUAUUUUAUGUUAAUAAUCUGUGGAAAAGAAAAUCCCAAAUGACUCUUUGAUAUGGUUUGCAAAGUUUUUGAUGUCCAAAGAUAAGCAGUCACAUUUUGUGUCUCCUAACAGCUGUCUUGUUUGUGAACCUUUGAGUGUUAAAAUUGAGAAGCAAGAAAAAAAUAUGCACAAAGUUGAGGUUACAUUAAGUGAACUGUAUUUGAAAUAGAAGCUGCUCUCGAAGAAAAGAAGAAUUUACUGAACUAUGACUCUUUAUCGUUCCCCGCAACUGGCAUAGGGUCUUAUACGCGUAAGGGGUUAACGUAUCUGUCCGUAACACUGAUAAUAUUAGUCACAGAGGAAAAUUUACAUACAGUGUUAUCAUAAGUAAAGAAUGUAAUUAAUCAUUUGUAUCAAAUGUCAAAAAAUUAUCAUAUACAUGUUUUUAUAAAUUGU